AUGUCAGCGUGCAGCGACUUUGCAGAACACGUGUGGAAACCCGGCUCUUGUAAGAACUGCUUCCACCCGCUUAGUGCACACCACAAGACUGUCAGCGGCCUGGAUGGUGUGCCAGCCGCUUGUUUGAAGAGCAUCCUGGGAGGCGAUGAAGAAGCGGUAGUAACAGCGCCUUCACCUUACAGCAAGCCAACCAUCGCAGUCAGACCCACUAUGAUGAGCCUUGAUACCAAUGAGUCGAUGACUGAUGUCAACAUGAACAUAGAGCAGGAGAACACAAAGAGCCCAGUUCAGCGUUUGGGCCUGAAGAAGCUCCUGGACCUGUCGUCUCUUUACAUUGACAGUAACGGCUGCAACAAGGCCCAUAGAGAGGCAGUUCUUCAGAGUCCUGAAACCAAGAUGGACUACAACAAAUGCUUCUCUCUGGCUUCCUUAUCCCCCAACACCCUGCCUAAAGACUCCAUGAUCAUCAGCAAUAUCUUCGUCACCCAGGAGGAAGGGAGAGGUUCUCAGAGUUUAAAGAAAAAUGCCAAUGGAGACACCUGUAGACAGCAGAAUACAACUACCACUAAAACCAAGAGCACUUAUAAUGGAAUUAGUGUGACUACCAUGGCAAAUUGCCAGGAGUCCCAUCAGGCAUCUGUGGAGAUACCUUUUUCUGUGGAUAUUGUCCCUUCCAGUCCUGCCAAAGUUCAUAGCAAUGGUAUCAGCAGUGGGAGUCCUGCUACUGUUACAACUAAGACAUCCAGCACUUCUACCACUUUUCCCACCACAGCCUUAAGUGUGGACACCAUUAGCCACAAUUCCGCACCAUCGCUCCACUCUCCUCCCGUACUGUCUGAACAGAGCAGCCUAUUGAACUCCUCUUGUUCUUAUCAUAGUAGUACAGAUUCACUUCCUGGGGCAGAGGGGUCAGGAGAAAGACAAGUUAGGUCAGGGAGCCCCCAAAGCCCACCAGCCAUGGGUAGCUCACAGUCAUCUCCCAACUCUCCUAAUGGACAGCCAGACUCUGAACCCAUUUAUGCAGAGAGCACCAAGAAAAAGCGCAGGCCGCAAGGAAAUGGGUUGCAAUCCCAUCUUAUGUGCCCAAACCAGACUAAGAACUCAUCCCAGGGCUCUGAGCUUUUAGGAGAGAGUCAACGGGCCACCAUCACUGUAAUGGCCGCUCACACAGAGGAGAACAGGACUUUCUUCCUGAGCAGUCCAGAUUCAGCCAUCAGCACCCAAUGCAACUUCAGCCCCACAGCACGUAAAGACCCCAGCAGCCCAGCCUUCCACUGGCCCAGCCCCAGCCACAGCUUACCCUCUUUGGUCACAGAAGCCAGCCUUACCCCCGCUCUCCACCCCAAGCCUCAGUCUAGCCCACCCAUUCCCCCAAAAAGGACCACCCGUUCCCCCAAACUGGGCACAUCUAGCCUCUCACCAUCCAUGUCUUCUCCAGUCCCUCUUCCUGAUCUCCCCAGACUGGGUACCUCCAGCCUCUCACCGUCCAUUUCGUCUCCCGUCCCUCUCCCUGAACUCCCCAUGCUUUUCCUUGUCUCUGCUAGAGAGGGCCACUUCAAGGUCCAUACAGAGAACCACAGCUCAGCAGCAUCCGAACGCUGGCACAAGCCCCCGCACCACGGUUCUAGCUGGAACUGUUGCAUCGAGGAAGAAGAGGAGGAGGAUGAGAGAGAGCGGAAAGAGGGGGAGAAGAAGAAGUUGGCCGCCAACCCGGGGACAACCUCUCGGGUGUCAGGCGUGGUCAAUGGUGCCGCUGUCUGGAAGGAGGCCAGGGACUGGAAGGCCCACAGCAGCCCCCCUUCGAUGACAGAGCCAGGCACGGCCCCCCCGGCUGCCCCCAACAAUGGUGCCUGUCAGGGGGAGACUGAGGGCACCGGUGCAGAGGAGGAGGGCAAGCAUAACGGCAGCAUGCCGUCCAAGCAACCGUUGCCUGGCGGCUCAUCAGAGUUGCUGGCAGCAGGGAAGGGAGCUGGCAACAAUGAGCCCAAUCCACCGCCUCCACCACCUAAGAAACUGCACAGAGGGUGCAGUAAAAUGAGUGGCAGCAACAUGGAGCUGGACCGCUGCAGCCAACAAGGAUCAGUAGAAAGCCCUACUUCAUCUCUACGGAGCCUGGGAAGCCUACCCCCGGCCUCCACUGACAACCUGACUGCUGACACUGGUUCUCGGGAUGCACGGAUGUCUUGUUCCUCUCCCUUUUCCAGAAGUCCAGUGGCCUCAGCUCCAGGGUCUCCUCACCCGCCCUCCUUUAACAGCUUCAGUAACCAGCCACCUCCACUCCCAGAGAAAAAAAUGGUCAACCGCACUGUGUCAGCUCCCGAUAGCGCGAACGGAAGACCUUUUGUCCGGGCCUACCCACGCCUCCCAUUCACUGGCUCGGAGAGCAAUGUGUGUCGACCUGCUGAUGUUAGCUCCCGGUCCAGUUUACCGUCCAGCCCUGUUGACCCACAACCCAUUUUCUCUUCCAAUGAGUCUCUGGAGCGUUGCCAUGCCCCGCUAAGCCGACCCUCGAGGUCCAGGACACUGGAUGAGCCGCUGAAGACUCACGGGCGUCUGGGUGUCCACUGCCGAAGCAGCGUCACCUGCUCCUCUUCCCCCCAACUCAGCGUGCCCUUCUCAGCCUCAGAACCGGGUUCUGCACCAAAUAUGGGCUCCAGCCUGCAGCUCCAGACCCUUCUGAGUAACAUAGACAGUAGGGAGGGAGUGUACUCCAAACUGGGAGGUCUGUACGCCGAGUCUCUGCGGCGCUUGGCUCUCAAAUGUGAGGAUCACUUCACUCGCUCCCAGAGGAACCCACUACGGUUUGAGGAGAGCAACUGGUCUCUGUUCAGGCUCACCUCCAACAAGCCAAGCUGCAACUCAGGGGAUGCUGUGUACUACUCUGCUGCCUGCGCCUCAGACCCCAGCAACUCCUACGCUGUCAAGAUCUGCAAGAGUCCGUCCAUGGACGCCAAACAGGGCCAUCUCUACGGUCUAUCAGUGCAGCAGAGCAUGCCUCCCCACUUCAACCUCCAGCAGGACUGUGGCCACUUUCUCGCUUGUGUCCCCCAGAGCAUGUUGCCUUCUGACGAAGUCUCUCUGCCCACCACACCUCCUUCAUCGCUGCCUCAGCCCUCCGUGUCUGCGCCUGGUCAACAGGUAGAACGAGAGCGAGUGGUGGUCAUCACCUCUGAGAUCCCUCGGCAGACAGCAGCUGACUUCGUCAGGGAGUGGGCGGCGUUCCAUAAAAGUCAGCCCGAAGUCUAUGAGCGGCGUGUAUGCUUCCUCCUCCUGCAGCUCUGCCAUGGUCUGGAGCACUUGAAGGAGCACGGGGUCACGCACCGCGACCUCUGCCUCGAAAACCUGUUGUUGGUGCCUCAUCUCCGCAGGCCCUCCCAGUUCCCCCAACAAACCACCACUGACAACGGCCCCAGUAACGGUUCAAGUGGUGUAGACAGUCAGCGUCACCUUCCCCGGCUCCUCAUCAGCAACUUUGCUAAGGCCAAGCGUCGCUCCUCCGAGGAUGCUGCCUCAACCAGUGUGGACCCUCGCAUCAAACGUGACCACGCCAGAUUGGCGCCUGAGAUCGUCUCAGCAGCCCAGUACCGUAAAUUUGACGAGUUCCAGACAGGCAUCUUGAUCUAUGAGCUCCUCCACCAAGCCAACCCAUUUGAGGUGAGUCCAGCUCUGAAGGAACAAGACUACCGCUGUGAGGAGUUGCCUCCAAUCCCCUCUGUCUCCCUUUACUCCGCCGGCCUCCAGAGGCUGGCCCAGCUCUUGCUCCAACCUGACCCCAUCAAACGCAUCCAUAUCCAGGAGGCCAAGCGCAUACUGCAGAGCCUUCUCUGGGGCCCCAGGAAGGACCUGAUGGAGCAGCAGCGGGAGAGACAUGGACAGGGAGUUGGCUUUGUCGAUGGAUCCCGACACGAGGGCCUCUUGAACUGGCUGGAUGUGAAACGGGCCCUGCUGAUGAUGAAAUUCGCAGAGCGUUCACUGGAGCCCGAGAGGAACGCUGAGCUGGAGGACUGGUUGUGCUGUCAGUACUUUUCCUCGGCUCACCCUCUGUCUCUCUGCCAUACUGCUGAACUGCUCUACUCGCUAAAGUGACGCUAAAAUGUGUGUGAGUGGAGCCAAAUUAAUGUGUGAAUGUGUGUAUGAGAAAGACCAAUAAUGUCAAAGUUAAUGUCCUGACACUAUGGAUGGGAGAUACUGUGAACCUACCCAGUGUUUGUGCUACUGCUGCAUGCAUGAGAGCGGUGCAUCAACCUAACCGUCGUCCACUCUCUACCUUUUACACAAACAGUAUCUUGACACAGACUGUCAACUUAGCAAAGAAAUAACCAGUAAAAAUGCAGCUGUUUUUAAAUGUUCUUGUAACAGUCAGACAUAUGGACAAAAAUCACACAAACAUUCACUUACCGACUAGAAUCCCUUUGUGCCAGUGAGGCUGAUAAAUACAUCUGUAAAAAAGGAAGAAUAUGGACAGUAUUCAUAAUUCUGUAAUACAUUUACCAAAGUGUCAUGUUUGACACUGUAUUAAGACAUUUUACCCACUCAGAACAGGCUAAUAAUUCAUAACCUUAUUCUGUGUCAGCCAGCUUUGCAAAGUAAUGCUGUGUGAUAUCUAUGUAAAUAUGCAGCUAACUUUUAAUUUUAAUAGAAAUAUGAGGUCACUAGCACCUUUUCUGUCCUGUUUAUUCAUAGGCACAUAGUGCUGUACUGUAUACUGUGUAAACAACACAAAUUUAACUGUUCUUUACCAUUACCGAUAAUGCAAAUUCCUCAGUGAAUACUGGUGUACUAGUACACAAGCCUAGUCACAGCAUUGCACAAUAAAGACUUAGUAUGAAUUAAUCAUAAGCCAUACUGUCUAACACAACUCAAUAUUAAUUGGAUUGACAAAAAACAAUUGGCAACAUUGCCGAUUGCUUCUACUGAAUGGAUGCCCAGUUUUUCCUUGUGCUUACUUUAAGUAUAUAUUUAAAUAUUUUGACAUUUGUCACAGUGCCUUUUGUUCUUUGUAUACGUUAACAGUGACUCAAAAGCCAAAUGUAAUUAUUACUGAUCAUUCGUCCUUUGUGAAACUGGCCUUUCACCAAAUGUUCUAUGAACAACUUUGUACAGUAAUUUGUAGAUGAUAUUACAAGAAAAAUGAGCCCAAGCAGGUCUUAAAAAGCCAUGAAUAUCAGCAGCAGUUAAAAAAUAUUUAUGUUAUAAUUUGUUAUCCUGUAGUAGUCACUGGAAUUUCUCUGUUUAUUUUCAUAUGUGGAUUAUCAAGUUAUUUGUUUCUUUGGCACAGCAGCAGCUGGGCCUGUUUUCUUGCCUCCUGUGUCCCAUGUAGGCUGCAGAGAAAGCUUCAAGUUAACUUCACGUAUUUUAUCUCCAACAAAGAAUUUCCUAAUAAAGUCAAGAAUUUAACAGCCUGCACCAGGUUUUAGUCCAUGACUGACUGAUGUUUCUAAUGUUGCAGAAAGAAGAAAAAAACAUAUUCAGAACUCACAACUAAUACAUUAUUGAUUUGAAUUAUUUUGUGUGUGCCUCAACUAUUUGCAUCUAUCAAUAAACUGUGCAUAUAUUUUCUCACAGUA